AUGACGACCAUUCCUAGCCGUCUGGCCCAGACGACAUACAUCUCGAGGAGCAUCGAGGAGGCGCGCCGACGCUCCACUGCGCUCUAUCGCAACUUCUACCGAUCUGCUCCCGAGAUCUGCGCGCUGUACGCGCUGGAUGUGCCGCCUUCGACGCUGCGAGCCAAGUUCCGCACACAGUUUGAGAAGAACAAGGCGAUCAAGGACGUUGCGGUGCUGGACGUGAUGCUGCUCAAGGCGCAGCAGGAGUACCAGGAGACAAUGAACGGCUGGAAGCAGGUGCCUCACAUUAUGAAGUGGUUCGCCGACGAGGAGGCACCCGCACGACCCGAAGGCUUCUUGGAAAAGUUCUACGCCUCGCGAGACGAGGGUCGUGGACCUGUCGGCACGGGCAUCUAA